UGGACGUGCUCCGCUCCGCUCGGGGCCGGGUCUAUGUCCCGGCUUCCCACCGUCGCGGGCAGGGCGCCAAGGCGGCCAGAGGAGGGACAGCGGUCCAGAGAGCCCCAGGAAGAGCGGCCUUCGGCUGUUCCCAUCGCGGACAGAGAAGACAAAGGAUGCACAUCACAGGAGGGAGGAACUACUCCAACUUUUCCUAUUCAAAAACAAAGAAAAAAGCUUAUUCAAGCUGUGAGGGACAAUUCGUUCCUUAUUGUUACUGGAAAUACAGGAAGUGGUAAAACAACUCAACUUCCAAAAUAUCUAUAUGAAGCAGGGUUUUCACAACAUGGUAUGAUCGGUGUGACUCAACCACGAAAAGUAGCUGCCAUAUCAGUGGCUCAGAGGGUUGCUGAAGAAAUGAAAUGCACUUUGGGAUCCAAAGUAGGAUACCAAGUUCGUUUUGAUGAUUGCAGCUCUAAGGAAACAGCAAUCAAAUAUAUGACUGAUGGAUGUUUAUUGAAACAUAUUCUGGGAGAUCCAAAUCUUACCAAGUUCAGUGUCAUUAUUUUGGAUGAAGCCCAUGAGAGAACUCUAACUACAGACAUCUUGUUUGGUUUAUUGAAGAAGCUAUUUCAGGAGAAGUCUCCUAACAGGAAGGAGCAUUUAAAGGUCGUGGUGAUGUCAGCAACUAUGGAAUUAGCCAAGCUCUCUGCAUUCUUUGGAAAUUGUCCAAUAUUUGAUAUACCUGGAAGGCUUUAUCCAGUCAGAGAAAAAUUCUGCAAUUUGAUCGGCCCACGAGACAAAGAAAAUACUGCAUAUAUUCAAGCGAUUGUGAAAGUGACCAUGGAUAUCCAUUUGAAUGAAAUGGCUGGCGACAUCUUGGUUUUUCUGACUGGUCAAUUUGAAAUAGAAAAAAGUUGUGAAUUACUUUUUCAGAUGGCAGAGUCUGUUGAUUAUGAUUAUGAUGUUCAAGAUACCACUCUAGAUGGCUUAUUAAUAUUGCCAUGUUAUGGAUCUAUGACAACAGAUCAACAGAGGAGAAUAUUUUUGCCACCUCCACCUGGAAUUAGAAAAUGUGUCGUAUCCACUAAUAUUUCUGCAACAUCUUUGACAAUAGAUGGAAUCAGGUAUGUGGUAGAUGGUGGCUUUGUGAAGCAGUUAAAUCACAAUCCCAGAUUAGGCUUGGACAUCCUGGAGGUGGUUCCAAUUUCAAAGAGUGAGGCGUUACAGCGAAGUGGUCGAGCUGGUAGGACUUCCUCAGGAAAAUGCUUUCGGAUCUAUAGUAAAGAUUUUUGGAACCAGUGUAUGCCCGACCAUGUGAUCCCUGAGAUUAAGAGAACUAGUUUGACAUCUGUAGUUUUGACCUUAAAGUGCCUUGCCAUACACGAUGUUAUAAGGUUUCCUUAUUUGGACCCACCUAAUGAGAGACUUAUUUUGGAAGCCCUUAAACAACUUUAUCAGUGUGAUGCUAUUGACAGGAAUGGCCAUGUGACCAGAUUGGGUUUGUCUAUGGUAGAAUUUCCUCUCCCUCCACAUCUGACAUGUGCAGUAAUAAAGGCUGCUUCUCUGGACUGUGAAGAUCUACUACUUCCAAUAGCAGCAAUGUUGUCUGUGGAAAAUGUCUUCAUUAGACCUGUUGAUCCAGAGUAUCAGAAGGAAGCGGAACAGAGACAUCGAGAACUGGCAGCUAAAGCUGGAGGAUUUAAUGACUUUGCAACUUUAGCUGUCAUUUUUGAGCAGUGCAAAUCAAGUGGAGCUCCAGCUUCCUGGUGCCAAAAACAUUGGAUUCACUGGAGGUGCUUAUUUUCUGCAUUUCGUGUUGAAGCUCAACUUCGAGACCUAAUCAGGAAGCUUAAACAGCAAAGUGAUUUUCCAAGAGAGACCUUUGAAGGCCCUAAACAUGAAGUACUACGAAGAUGUCUUUGUGCAGGCUAUUUCAAAAAUGUAGCUCGAAGAUCUGUUGGGAGAACGUUUUGCACAAUGGAUGGGCGUGGGAGCCCAGUUCACAUUCAUCCUUCCUCAGCACUUCACGAACAGGAAACCAAACUUGAAUGGAUCAUUUUUCAUGAGGUAUUAGUUACCACCAAAGUCUACGCAAGAAUUGUGUGUCCAAUUCGCUAUGAAUGGGUGAGAGACUUAUUACCCAAGUUGCAUGAAUUUAAUGCACAAGACUUGAGCAGUGUGGCCCGACGUGAAGCAAGAGAAGAUGCAAGAAGGAGGUGGACAAAUAAGGAAAACGUAAAACAUCUAAAGGAUGGAAUAUCAAAAGAAGUCCUAAAGAAAAUGCAAAGGAGAAAUGACGAUAAAUCCAUAUCAGAUGCACGAGCUCGUUUCCUUGAGAGAAAGCAGCAGAGGUCCCAGGAUCACAGUGACACACUGAAGGGAACAGGCUAAGCAGUGAACCCUCCAAUUCAGGAAGUAGGAAAAGCAGCCAAGAAAUGUGCUUCUACUUUUACCAUUUGUGUAAGACAGCACUACCAAGAUGAAGUGGUCAGCAGUUGUUUUUAGCAUACGGGCGAGAAGCAAAUCAAACUUAUUAAUACUAAUGGAUGCAAUUUUCAGAGAUGAUUGGGUUGCCAUAGUCAUAGGCAAUGAUAUAUGAAACCAAUGAAAGACAAUACAUGUGAUAUUUUUCUCACUUCAAUUUUGCUGGCCUUAACUAGUAUCAAAUGCUGUUGUUGAGAUAUUUUCAAAGAACAUUGAAUUUUAUGUAAUCAGUGUGUAUUCCAUUUGCAUUGAAGCAUUAAAAAUUAUUUUCCUUAAAUCUCUUUAAGGCCUUCUUUUGCUAUUAGAAUAGUAUUAUAUCAGGCUAUCAGGUAGGUGACCAUUUCCUUCAGAAGGCUGAACAUAAGAGGUUUUUAUUCAGCAAUAUUUAGAUGUCUGUUUAAUUGCUAAAGAGCUUUAUAGAUAUUUAGAGAAAAGACUUAACUAGUAAAUAAGAAAAUUGCCUAUGGCAGUAUUCUUUGUUGAAUUAAUAUUAAUCCUUAAAUUGAUUUUUCUGGGAUUAUAUAAAUUCCUUUUUAUAUAAAAGUAUAUUGUUUAAAACAGUAGCUAUAGCCAUUAACCAAAGGACAGAUGAUAUAUAUAUAUAUAUAUGUUCUUUUUGUAGCUGACUCUACAUACUUGUAUCAGCAUCAUGUAUGUAAGUUGUGACAGUGUUUUCAAACAGCUCUUCUACCUGGCCUACUCUCUUGCCUCCAGUUGCUUGGGUAGGACCAUUUAAACAUCUAUUAUGCUGUUUUGAAAUGGGAUUUUCAAAGCAGCCAACAUUACAUUACCAGUGUUUCAAAUUGGAACCUUGAGGCCAAUAUCACACUCAGGCCAUAUUCAACACCUGCCCACUCUAUUGUUUACUGUCUUGUAUUCUAGUUAUUUGUGUAUUUGUCUUUCUCCCACUAGAUUAUAUGCUCUUUGUGGGCAGGAACUAUGUCUUUUUCAUCUUUGUAUCUUUCAUGGCACCUAGCACACUGCUUUGCACAUAGUAUUUACUCAAUGUUUGUUGAAUAAAGCUAUUAGUUUAUUUAAAAUUCAAAA